AUGCUGUUAGCGCAUGGAGCCGACACGGAACUGAAAGAUGAGGACGCAAAUACACCGCUUCAUCUCGCUAUCUCGCUGAAUCAAAUAUUCGCUGUCAUUGCACUCUUAGAUGCGGGAGCCAACGUCGAAGCCAUCGGGAAAGCUGGCACGAAGCCGCUAGCCAUGGCGCUUGAAGGCGGCGACUACAGCAUCAUCACUCUACUCCAUGAACGGGGUGCAGACGUACACUCUCGUGCUAACGGCAUGACAUGCGCGUUAUUUUAUGCAGUCAAAAUGGGCUACGUCGAUAUAGUGAGCAUACUCCUUGAAGACUACGGAGCAGGAGAGGACAUCCAUCGCACUGAUCUCACGGGCCGGGGUAUUCUACACGUGCUUGUGCACACACAUGUCGAUCACAUGCACGAUCUACUCGACAAAUUGAUUGAAGAAGGCGCAGACGUCAAUGCGGAGGACUACUCUGAAUCGACGCCGCUACACGAGGCCGCGAAGCUGGGGAGUAGUGUAAUGGUCAUUGGACUGCUGGCAUAUGGGGCUACGAUCAAUACACAGGAUCGUCAGGGCAAGACGCCGUUGGAUCUUGCGCAGGCGAAGAAGCAUCGUGAAGUUGUGGAGUACUUGGGUGGGACAAUGAAGAAGAAGGGUUGGUUUCGCCGGAGUUAG